GUGGCGGUGGCGGCGGAGGGGGUCGUGGGAGGCGUGAGGUGCUGCUGGAGCUGAUGCUGCUGGAUGCGGCGUGCGUGCUGCCUCGGGAUGCGGCAUUUGGAGCCAGCGCAGCUGCCACGCAGCUCCCCUCCGCAGUAUCCCUAGCAGCAGCACCAUCACCACCACUACCACCCGGGUUGGCAGGAGGAGGAGGGGCAGCACUGGGCGGAGGAGCAGCUCCCCAGGCUUCCGGGCCCGCCAAUCCGGGCGGCGGGGAGUGUCGGCUGCGGGUGCUGGUGUCGCGGGCGGAGAACCUACCCAUGGUGCUGGGGGAAAGCGGCUCCGAGCGGCCUCCCGAUACCUUUGUCGCGCUGAAGACGCUCAGCGACGGUGCCGCCUCCGCUGCAGCGCAGGCUCUCACCCGUACGGCAGCCGCCUCCUGCAGCCCCCGCUGGGAGCAGACGCUCAGUCUGCGGGUGCGAGAGACGGAGCUAGCGGGAGGCGGAGGAGGAGGUGCGGGUGCGGGUGGGGGUGGAGGAGGGGAGCAGCUGCUGGUUGCCAUUGUCAACGCCUCCAACAGCAGGCUCAUGAUCAAGACUGCCGUACCUCUGGCUCCCCUCCUCCCCGACAAGCACUACAACCUACGACUGGUGCUGCCGGGAGGUCCCCUAGGCAGCGCCGUGCACUUGUACGUCACGCUCGUACUGCAGGACUGCGCCCGCAUGCGGCUCCGCUACCUCCGAAACCACAUGCCGGUGGCGAAGCAGCUGCUGCAGGCGCGACUGUCGGCCGCAUCGGUGGCGCUCAGCUCGCUGAUGGCUGACGGGGCCGCCGCCACCGCUGCCGCUGCUGCCACCGCUAACGGAGCAGCCGCCGCAGAGGCCGGCGCCGCCGCCAGCAACCAGGACCCUGCAUCUACCGCCACCCCUGCUGCCGCCAGCACCGUCGGCGGGAGCAGCAGCAGCGGUGAGGUGUUUGGCGUGUGGCGCGUAGUGACCCCUGGGUCGGCCGAGGAGGCACCUCAGCUCAGCCAGCCCGACAUCUACACCACCCUGGACGCCGGCGAUGAGGCGACGGCGGCGGGGGUGCUGUACGGCAUGGCUGACAGACAUGCGGCUGCCGUACAGGUCGCUGCUGCUGCGGGCUUGUCCGCCACAGAGGAGCUGCCACUGCUGGGCCCGGCAGCAGGCAGCAGCAACACCGACAGCAGCACCAGCAGCAGCAGCGGCAACGGAGGUGCUGCAAGCCGCCUUCAGCUGCUGUGGCCCUCAGAUCACAUGGUCAGCCUGCUGGCGGGUGCCUCCGCCGCCGCCACCCCCACCGUCCUGCAACUCGCCCUCUUCCACCUCGCACCGCCUCCCGCCUCGCCGCCACCAUCCGGCAUCACCGCCUUGGCAUCGGACGGCCCGGAGGGAGCAGCAGCAGCAGCAGGAGGAGGAGGGGCGGGCGGUGCCUCCCCGCCUCGCCCCUCUCAGCGGCCGUCGGGGGUGGCUCGGCUGCUGGGGCUAGCCAGCGUGACACUGGCACCCGGGGGAGCGGGGCAGGUGCAGCUAUUCGAGGGUGUGGCGCUGCGGCGUGCGGCCCCCUGGACGCCGGGCGGCUCCUCAGCGGCGGGUGGGGAGGGGGGCGGGGCGCUGCUGUGCCCGGAGGGCGAGGCUGCGGUGGACGUGGAGGUGGCGCGGAGGGAGGUGGCUGGGGUGGUGGAGGAGCUGUCCAGCGCGGCCAGCGGCGCUGCCCCCCUGGUUGCCUGGCAGGCCGCCGCCACCGCCCCCGGUACGACAGCUGCCAUGGUGCCGUACGGCGCUGCAAGCGGGCCGCUGGUGUCCGUCAUGGAUGCCCUGGUGGACGACUGCAUCGCGAAACAGUCGGCACUGGGUCGGCUGGUACGGCAGCUGGACACGUCGUCAGCGCAGAUGGUGGUGGCGUCAUGGCGGGUGGCGGAUGCGGAGAACAGAUACAGGAAUGCCAACGACGACAAUGCCAAGCUGCGGCAGUUGCUGCACGAGGAGAAACAGGCAUCCAAGAUGCCCCAGCUGAUGCUGCCCAACGCCGCCUCCCUUAACCGGGACGAACUGAUAGAGCGGCUCGAAGCCAUGCUGGUGGCGUACGGCCGGGAGCGGCGGCGCAAUGCGGAGCUGGUGCACCGGCUGAAACAGCUGCAUGCGGAGCAGGUUGACACCCUGGAGCUAAAGAAGCGCUACCAGCAGCUGCAGGAGGCGCAUGUGGAACAGACCCGCGCGUACACGGAGCUGGAGGGCAGGGUGAUUGAAGGGCGGCAGCUGCGGGAAACCGUCAAGACGCAAGAGGAGCUCAUACACAACCUGGAGGCGGUGUUGUCGAGGGCGGUGGAGCAGGCUCGUGCGGCCGACCGGGCGGUCAAGGAGCUGCAGGCGGAGGGGGAGACGCUGCGCGGGUCGUUGGCAGUGGCGGAGGGGAAGUGCAAGAUGCAGGAAUCCAAGAUAUCCGAGCUGGAGGGGCUUGGCAAGCAGAAGGAUUCCACGAUAGCCGAGCUAAACUCGCAAGCCAAGCAAAAGGCUGCCCGAAUAGCAGAGCUGGAGGGGCAGUGCAAGCAGCAGGCGCACCUGAUCGACAUGCAAGAAGCCAGGACACAGGGGCUGGAGGCGCGCUCCAAGCAGCAGGACGAGCGGAUUGCAGAGCUAGAGGAGCACGGCCAACAAAAGGAUGAGCGGAUAUCCGAGCUGGACGGGCAAUGCAGGCAGCAGGAGCUACACAUUGUGGAGCUGGAGGGGCAGUGCAAGCAGCAGGAGUCCCGGAUUGCUGACCUGGAGAAGCAGGGCAAGCAGCAGGAAUCCAAGAUUGCUGAGCUGGACGGGCAAUGCAGGCAGCAGGAAGUCCGUGCGGCCAACCUUGAGGGGCAAUGCAAGCAACAGGAAUCCCGGAUUGGCGAACUGGACGGUAACCUCAAGCAACAGGAAGCUCGGGGAGUGGAGCUGGAGGGGCAGUGCAAGCAGCAGGAGGCCCGGAUUGCUGAGUUGGACGGCCACAGCAAGGAGCAGGAGGAACGGAUAGCGGAGCUGGACGGCCAAGCCCAGCAGCAGGAAGCUCGGAUCGCGGAGCUGGACGCCCAAAACAGGCAGCAGGAAGUCCGGAUCGCCGAACUGGACGAGCAAUGCAAGCAGCAAGCAGCCCAGGUGGCUGAGCUGGAGCAGGCCCAGCAGCAGCACGAGGAGGCGGUACGGCAGCGCGAGGAGCGCAUCCAACAGCUCGAGAAGGAGCUUCAGGAGAAGGAGGACGAGUUGGAGGAGCUCCGGAACCGGCACACGGUGCAGGAAUUCAAGGCGGGGGCGGAGGGGCCUACACCUGCUGCUGGGGAUGGGGAAGGAGGGGGUGAAGGAGGAGGUGGAGCAGGGCAGCAGCGGGUGGAGGAGUUGGAGAAGGAGUUGGAAGCAGCGCAGGGGCGAAUCAGGGAGCUGGAAGAGGCGAUGGGACCGGGGAAGGAGAAGAUGGAGUCCCAACUAGCUGCGCUGGCUGAGGAGAAGGCGGGUGCCACCCUGAGAGCGGAGUACGCGGAGGGGGCGGCGGAGGCGGCGCAGAACGAACUCAUCGACGUCACCAAAAAGUUCGCCCGGGAGAUCGCGGAGCUCAAGACUCGGUUAGCUGAGAAGGACGCCAUGCUGAUGGGCGGCUUCGGUGACCUAGACCAGCUGCGGCGGGGGGAGAUGCCGCCUCCAGAACUGGGACUAGGGGGGCAGGGGCAGGGGCGCGGAGAUGACCCAGGGGUCGGCCGGAUGGGUGGCAGCGCCACUCCACCUCCGGGCAUGAUUAUGCCGGGGCACAUGAUGCCUCGGAGAUCAGCAGGCAACGCCUCUACGGGUGGCGGCAGUCGACCCAGCUCAAGAGACGCCGACCCGCAACGAUUCCAGCAAGGCUCCUCCGCCCCCUUGUUUCCGCCCAUCAAGGGAGCCACACAGGCGCAGCCGCCGCCAUCUUCGCCACAGCAGCAGCAACAGCAACAACCAGGGCACAGUAAUGGACCCAUGGGUCACAAUGGUCGUGUCGCCUCGCCGCCAUCUGGAUCACCUGGGCAUGGGCCAUCUAGACGACCGUCAUUGCGGCGGCCUCAGCUCGGGGGCCAGCCGCAGCAGCAGCCGGGGGGCCAGCAGCAGCAGCAGCAGCAGCUGCUGUCACCAUCGCCACCGCCGCAGCCGCCCACCUCACCGCCGCCGCCGCCCUCGCAGCAGGUGCAGCAACCGCAGCCACGACAGCAGCAAUCGCCAUCUAAGCAGCAGGCUUCGCCGCCGCGGCAGCAGCAGCAGCAGCCACGGCAGGGUCAGCAGCAGCCGGGUCAGCAGGCGAAGGCGGCAGGCGGUGGGCAAGCGAGGCCGACCGCUCCAAAAGCACCUCCCACGCCAGACGAUGACGAGGAUGAUGAUGACGAUGAUGAUGACGACGACGAGGACGACGACGACGAUGAUGAUGAUGAUGAUGAUGAUGAUGAUGAUGAUGAUGAUGAUGAUGAGGACGAUGAUGAUGACGAGGACGAGGAUGAUGACGACGACGAUGAUGAUGAGGACGAGGAAGAGACGCCCCCACGGCGCAGGGCUGAUGCAAAGCCAUCGCAACCGCAGCCGCAACGCCAGCAGCAGCAGCAAGCCCGGCAGGGACAACCAGCAGCGGCGUCGUCAAGUGGUGGUGCUGCCGCUGCAGGUGUCGCUGGUGUGAGUGCCCCUGCCGGCGCUGCUGCUGCGGCUGCUGGUGGUGCUGCUGGUGGUGCUGCUGGUGGUGGUGGUGCUGGUGCCCCGGCGGCGCCAAGACCGUCCUCCAAGGAGACUCAGCGAUCAUGAUAAUAAUGCGGCGGUGUUUUGGGCUCCUUGUGAUGUCAGGUGUGAACUCCAUACCUGUAGAUAAAGGAAGGCGGCAAAAUCUGGGCAACGCAGUGUAUCGUUAGAUUGUAUGCUCUUGAGAUGGGACACGCCAACGUGGGCUAUCUGAGAUACUACAUGCGUGCGAGUCCUUGUGAGCCUCUUUAGAAUGCAUUAAUGGGCCGCAUGGCCAGGCAUGGCGGCAUCAUUGCUUUUAUGUCGUACAAUUGUCGUGUACCCAUCAUCAGCAUCAUCGGACGUUACCAAACCUGCCGUACAGACCCCUAGCAAGGGAGUAUAUGGCUAUUGCUGGAGGAGUCUGGGGAACACCCCUGGAAGGAAGGCGGUAUGCGCGUGUAUAUGAUCCCCCCAACAAUGUGGCUUGACAAUAUUAGUGCGGUAUCUUUGUGUGUAGAAGCUUCUUCUGUACUCCUUAUACAUGCGUACAUGCCGAGUGCAAAAGAAUGGCAGAUGUUCGGAAUCACCUACCGUGUAAGAGGCAUUGGUGCCAGGAUCGGCGCUUUCCUUGGCCGCCUAGGGUUUCGUUGACAUAUCCUGGCGAGCACGAGCUUGGGAGAGCCACAGUAGUUGUCCAUGACACUCACUGCGCAACUAUCUGCUGGCGCCCUCGGAUAGAAGCAUGGAACACGGUUCGAGGCGACCUGAGGCACCGCCAAAGAUGUACGGCAGAUUCGCAAUGACCGAUGCGCGAUAGACGGGCAAACGCAUGCGUCUGGAUACUUUAUUGACUUCAAUACUGUAUUCUAAUGGCAUUUCUUCCCGUGACUCCCUCUGUUGGAGGCUACUUGCCGCGACGAGCGGAAGGGCGCUUGCAAGCGUUUCAACAACACCAAACCUUGAAACCUUAUGGCUCAAUACGCUCUCGACUGAGAUAUAUUAAUACGGCACUUGAUUCUCUAAGCUGCAAAGAUACUGGUGAUAGAGUUGCUUCCCAUGGCUUGCAUUCCUUGAACCCGCUCGACCUCUUAUUCGCGCGCACAGCGGCUGGAACAACAGAGACGCUGCAGGUCUUGGACGAGGGCGACGGCCAGAGCUUCACUGCGCAUUGGAAGGGGCAGCUGCUUCGACUGACCCCGUCAAAGCAUGCCGAGGAUGCACAGCAGGGCGGCUGGACAACCGAGCAAAUCGGGUCCUAUCCUCUUGCGGACAGUAGGCUAGCUCGGGCGUUUCCCAGCCUGGCCCAAGGAGGAUUGCUGACGAAACUGCACGACCAUGCUGGUGCCCAGCCAUCCGCUCUCACCUUCACGGGUCAAACAUACUCCCUCUCAGACCUCCAAGAGGCAGCAGCAGCCGAUGCAACGACAUGGUGUGAGGGCACGCGCCCCGGAGCUCCGGAGAGCACACCCCUGCAGUCACAGACCCUGACCGCUGGGGAAUUAAUUUCCCUGAUGCAAGGACAGCGCGGCGUGGUUCUCGUACAGCUCUACAACGGCUUCCAACCGUCGGAAGGCCAGCCACUGUAUGACCCAUGGGUCGUUCACCUCCUAGAAGCUGCGCUGUCCACUCCCGGACUGCGGGCGGUAGCUUCCGUGGCUCCAGGGGGCCCGGCUGUGGGCCUUACCGCCGUACUGUUCGCGGACCGGGAACCCUGGAGCGCAUGGGGCCCGCAUCUGGCGUCUUUCGGUUGCCAGGCGAAUGCGGUGGCCGGAAGCGCCUACUACAAGGUCCUCAUAGGCAAGAUCCUGGGCUACAAGGAAGACAACAUCUACGGCUACGUUCGGUCUGUGGGAGGCGGCCUCUCACCCGCCGUGAUAGCGCAGGUUGAUGCCGACCUGAAGCGCCUGAGCAAGGCCAAACCAAAGCUGCCCUGGAACCGGGAGGGCAGUCGGGGCAAGAAGCCGCAAGGCAGCGCUGCGGGCUCGCCAGCUGCUGGGAAAGCCGAUGCUGCUGCUGCUGCUGCUGCUGCUCCCGGUGCUUCUGCGGGGCCUCCAACAAAAUCGACAACGGGGGCAGCAGCCGGACGGUUUGGCGGCAGCGGCGGCAGGGGCAGCAGUCGCGGGCGGACUUGAACGUGGCCCCAUGCCCUACCCAGAGGAAAACAAGCACCUCCAUCUAGGCAUGCUGGGCUGCAGUUGUUGGCUCACCUUAUUUUGAGGGGAAGCACAGAAGCGACACGAUUGGACUGAAUCCGCGGCUUUUCGGCGGCCCGGUUGAUAAUGACUAAAAGGCAGUGGCAGGAGUGUCCGCAACAGCAUGCAUGCAUGCAUGCUGGAAAAUAGACAGGUCCCAGUCGCCUUUUUUUUGCGCAUGAUGGACAUUGACUUGUGUAUUCACUGCGAACUGGGGAAGGUAAACAAGGAAUUUAAACCAGCAUUAGUGUCCUGUAUCCAUGGGUCAUGUUGUUGUCUACCUUCUCUGUCUUUGAGUUCCUCACGUGCAUGCCAGGAGGUGUGGUUUGGUAUUGGGUGUUUGUAGCUGCUAACUAUUUGUA